AAGGAGGGAGUAUGUAGCUCUCCUUCCUAAAACUAAACACUCAAGAAGGAGGAUGUCAACUGGCGUGCGGGAAGCAACUUCAGCCAUAUAAGUAGCAGCAAUGACACCAUGGCGAACGCAACAUUAUCACAACCACCCGCCGCCUACAUUCCAAUAGGACAGGGCUACAAGAGACCAGGAUAUGAAUCACCACUGGCAAACGGGAUGCCGCUACGAAUCAUGGCCAUCGGCGCAUCGACGACCCGAGGUGACGAGAGUUUUGAUAAUAAUGGCUUCCGGCGACCGAUCCGAGAGCAUCUAACUUCGAUCGGAAACCCCGUCAACUUUGUGGGAACACAAAGAGUUGGGAAAAUGUUGGACAACGACAUCGAGGCCUAUCCGGGAGCACGACUUGGCCAAAUGCACCACCACGCUCGAGAAGUGGUCCCUCGAACCAAACCCAACCUAUUCCUGGUGAACGUAGGCGCAAACGACUGCUUCCAGCACAAGGACAUUCCCAAUUUCUACAAGCGGUUCUAUUCCUUCGUGCACUAUCUGCUCGACGCGUCGCCAAGAUCAACGGUGGUUAUCGGUACCUUGCUUCCUACCACCGAGACCGAACGUUUCAACGGUUCUGCCGAUGUCAAUAUUGUGAACCAGCAGCUGCACCGGCUCUACAAGAUUCUCCAGAGCGAGAACAAGCCUGUUGUGCUCGCCGAUAUGGUUGGACCCGAUGGUAUUCAAGACUCGGAUCUUGCCUGGGACGGGAUGCAUCCGACCUCGGCCGCUUAUAUCAGGAUGGGCCAAAUUAUGAUCCGCUCCAUCAUUGAGGCCGACGCGCGAGGAUUCUUGCGACCCGCAGAGCCCAUGCAUGGCAUUCUACAGGAUGGAGAUCUGGAACACCAAGACGAGGCGUAUGGCAUAUGGGCAGAUGAGCAGAAGCAGACAAUGUUUGCGAAGCAGAAGGCAGAGGAUGAAGAAAUUCAGCGAAUGACGGAAGAGCUGAAGGUGUGGAACGAGAACGCGGAAAUGAGACAACAACUCGCCGAUGUUGUGCCCAAGCUACGGCGCCACUCGCCAGACGGGAGCUCAGAUGAGAGCUCAGCCGAGUUAGCAUGAACAUACCAUUAGGAAAUACGCAAUGAACACGAGCAUCACUUUGCGCCUAGUUCAUUUGGACAGACUGUUAUGACGAUUCUUGGUCAUUAAUACCUUUCGCGUGUCGUCUACUUGUGGCUUGCAUAAUCAAUCUUAUCUGAAGCCGACCAACUUGUGGAGGCCAAUGUCGACAGCAUGGAGCGGACUCCAUGGGGCAGACUCCAUAUAUCCAUGC